AUGUCUCUUGCUUCCAAACCAGCCGAUCUCAUGGAUCUGGACAAAGAAGACGACGAGGUGUUCCUUCCGAAAGAGUCAACUUCCGGAGAAAUCGAUCAAUACGCGAUUCAGUUCUACGCAAAGAAGUGUGAGCAGUAUCACGAGGAUCCGAAGGCUUUUGCGGCCUUCCUCCUCAACGUGGCCGGAAACCUCCGUAUGAUCUCCUACGCGUGUUCACCCAACGAGAACACGGAUCGCAAAAAACUAGUGUCAAAAAAAGGAAAAGACCAAAUAAUCCACAAAAACCCGCUCGUCUUGGCCAGACGUGGACUCAUCAGAUACUUUAUAAGUGAACUCAAAAAGUUGGAGUCAGGGAACUCGGACGUGUUCGACAAGAACAGAGAGGGCGAGAUUCAGAUGAAGAUGACGUGUCAGUUGUACAUGUAUUCCACCUAUUCGUAUAUCUGUGAGAAUGUGUAUUGGGGAAUGGAGGAGGCCAAGGGUCACGACAACAACCACUGCAUCAUGAACAAAAUCCGUCGUUGGGUCUCACUAGGUGUCCAGGGAGCACUUCUCUCCAACAUCAUCAAUCCAAUAUACAUCACAAAAAUCGUGUUGGGAUCGACACCCAACAUUCCCAUCUUCGAUCUCUGGGUCCUUCUAUUCGGCGCAAUGAACUUCCAGGACCGUGAGUGUCCACCGAUGGAAGCGAUACCGAGAGACUCUCCAAACCUGGUCCUAACUCGCACCUACGUCUGGUACCUCGGAUUGAGCAACCUUGACAUCAUCGGAGCAGACGGAAGACUCGAGCCAGAAGGCAAGGGAUCCACUAUCUGCAAACAGGAGAUCUUCAAGGCGUAUCUGAAAUUGGGAGCCGCUAACAAGUCGGCUCUAAAGUACUCGCGAGCUAAGAAGAAGGCUGGUCACUAUCAGUACAUGAAAAAGUUGCUCUAUAAGAAGUGGGAGACCGAGAACAAUGGAAAAUGGUUGCGUAAGAAGAGUAACAAGGCGGACAAGUUCUGGGUGGAGCUGAAACGUUUGUAA